AUGACCGAUGGUCCAAUAACGAAAAAAUUCCGAAUCUGGAAUCCGGCAGUUCCAGAAGAUCAAAAGACUCAAGAUGAGGAGACGACAGAUGAGAAACCACUGGAUUGUACCUCCAAAACAACUCAAUUCCAGUUUCCAGAGGUCUUUCAGAACUACCUCCAACUGGCUCCCCUCAUGCUCCGCCUCCAACAACAACGUCAAAUGGAGGAGUUGGCGCGUCGCCAAUUCCUUACCACCCUCUGCCACGUCGCUCCACCGCCACAGGCGGUGCAGAAUCUGAAUCUGAAGAUUUCCACGUCUUCAUCCUCGACGUCUACAUCUUCUAACUCGUCGACGUCAUCUAAGACAUCUGGAGCAUCGCAGGGGCUCCAGAUGUCCAAUCCAUUGGUGGCCACUGCUCUCGGCAGCUCAUUGGUCAAUGAGAAUUGCUGUGCGGUGUGUGGAGCGGUUUUUAGACUAACUGGCGACUUGGUGCAACACAUGCGUAACAACCAUCGGAAGAGCAAGUUCAAGAGAAAGGCCGAUUUCAGGCAGUGA